AUGGCUUCCUACUCAAACAGUCUUCUCUACAAGAACUUUCAAAAACACCCCGCUGCUCUCAUCGAAUCGACUGAAGGCAUUUAUCUCAACACCAGUGAUGGCCGUCGUAUUCUCGACGCAACCAGCGGUGCGGCCGUCGCCUGUCUAGGUUACAAUAACAAGGAUGUUCAACAAGCUGUCGUAGAGCAGCUGGUUAACGUUCCUUAUUGUCAUCCGGGCUUUUACAAGACCAAGGCAGCUGAGGAUCUCGCUGAUUUCCUGGUUGAGUCGACAGGUGGCUUGAUGAGUAAGGCCGUUCUAUGUGGCUCAGGUUCUGAAGCUGUUGAAGUGGCGCUCAAGCUCGCCAAGACUCACUUCUCACACCUUGCCAUUCCGCAACCCGAGCGAAGCCACUUCAUUGCGCGCGUAGGCGCAUGGCACGGCGCGACGCUGGGUGCUCUGACUCUGGGCGACUUCAAGGUCCGAAAGGAUCCUUUCGUGCAGCUGAUUUCGCAGAAUUCAUCGCAGGUGUCGGCGUGCAGCGCAUACCGCGGUCGAAAGGACGGCGAGGAUGAUGAUGCGUACGUGAAGCGAUUAGCCCAGGAACUGGAUGAUGAGUUCCAGAGGAUCGGACCUGAGAAGGUUUGCGCUUUUGUAGCUGAGACUGUUGGCGGAAGUGCGAGCGGAUGCGCAAUGCCCAUCAAAGGCUACUUCCCAGCCAUGAAAGCCGUCUGCAAAAAGCACGGCGCUCUCCUCAUUCUCGACGAAGUCAUGUGCGGAAUGGGUCGCACGGGAACGCUCCAUGCCUGGGAACAAGAGGACGUAGUCCCAGACAUCCUCGUUGUAGGAAAAGGUCUCGGCGCAGGCUACGCACCCGUCUCAGCAGUCAUGAUCAACGCCAACCUCGUCGAAUCCUUCCAAAAGUCAGGCAAGGGCUUCGCUCACGGACAAACCUACAUGGCCCAUCCCCAAGCCGCAGCCGCAGGAUUGAAGGUCCAACAGAUCAUCCGUGACGAGAAUCUUCUUCCUCACGUGCGCAGCAUGGGCGAGUAUCUCGGCACGAAACUCAAGGAACGUCUUCUACCCAUGCCCUACGUCGGCGAUAUUCGAGGACGGGGACUUUUUUGGGCUGUUGAGUUCGUGACGAACAAGACCGCCAAAACACCCUUCCCCUACAGUCUCGGCUUGAACAGCAUGCUUCACUCACGUGGAAUGAGCGCUGGUUACGAGAUCGCUCUGUUCAAUGCCAACGGUGGUUAUGACGGAUACAGUGGUGAUCACUUUUUGAUCUGUCCGCCUUUCAUCGUGACCAAGGCUGAUGUCGAUGACAUUGUUGACCGGACUGCGAGGGUUGUGGAGGAUACCUUUAAGGAAUUGAUGGAGUCGGCGGUUUGGGAGAAGGUCACGGUUCAGAUGGAGAUUGAUGGAAUUGGUGGCAGGGAUCAGAUGACUGGAGUUGGUGUGGCUGUUCAGUAA